AUGGAAAUUGCCAUGCAGAACGCGCAGAAAGCGCUAGAAAUGGAGGAAGUCCCCAUAGGCUGCGCUAUACUGCACGAGGGAGUGUGCAUAGAAAAAGCCCAUAAUCUAACCAACCUAAAAAAAGACCCAUUAGCACACGCGGAGAUCCUAUGCCUGGAAAGACUCGAAAGAAGCCUCCGAGAAAAAGUCGACCUAUACGUGACAUGCGAGCCGUGCAUCAUGUGCCUGGCCGUGAUCGUCAAAAUGCGCAUCCGAAGGGUCUUUUUCGCGUGUAAAAACCCAAGAUUUGGGGGGAUUACAGCCUUUCUGCAGGAGGGCAUCCUAAAAGAAGUCGCGAAUGCAGGCCCAGGCACGCCAGAAGCUGGAAAUACCCAUAUAAUAUACCGUUACGAAGAGAAAGAGUCAAAAACAGCCCACACUUUUGAAGCUGUAUAUACUCCCCUAGAGGCCUCAUUGUCCAUGCUAAAGGCCUUUUAUUCGCAGGAAAAUGGGCGCGCCCCCGUAGAAAAGAGAAAGCAUAAAAGUUCAGAGCUCGCAAAAUUUUUUAGCAAUGACGCAGAACGAGAAUAA